AUGUCGUCGCCUCAGAAUACCAAGAAGAAGACACCCCAACUUACUGUAAUUGAACAGAAAUUCCUUAUCGAUGUAGUGGAUGAGUUUAAGGGUGUAUUGGAGUCGAAACAAAAUGAUAUUUGGUCCAUACAAAGGAAGGAAAAGGCGUGGAGAGAAAUAGAGGCGAAUUUUUGUUCCAUGCCCACUUUCUUUAAACGAGAUCACAAGCAGUUAAAGAAAUGCUGGAAUAAUUUAAAAAUGAAGGCAAAAAAAUAA